AAGUUUCUCGUAGGAGUGGAGGAGGGGGUGGACCAUCGUGCCCCGGUUCUUCAAUAGAGCAUAAAACACAACAGUGUUGUACAACUUGUACAUGGGGACAGUGGUCCAAGUGGACAUCUUGGAGUUGCAAAAGUUGCCCCCCUGGGAUCCCUCGAUGCGGUUCAACGACACUUGCAUAUUGUUCAAGAGCCAGGGUCAGACAAAGAGAUCCAAAUCGAUGUCCAAGACCAUUUGUCGAAACAGAAACCCAAAAGAAAGUUAAUACGCAAUGUCCUGCGCCAAAAUGUUGUAGAUGGAGUAAAUGGAGCGACUGGUCAAUUGGAGCGUGUAGUGUCACAUGUGGAACGGGAAUCCGACCUAAACUUAGAACUAGAACUAAGGUAUAUGGAACAACUGGAGGAUCGACGACAUGUGACGGAAAGAAUUACGAACACACAGACGAGCUCUGCUAUGCAAAAACGUGUGCUACGACUCCAAAACCCACAUGCAACACAUACGAGCCUUGGACACCAUGGGUUUGUCAUUGUACACCGAUACGGACAUAUAGAAGGAAAAGAUCCGGCUGCAAUUCGGGUUACAACGUAUGCCAACGCAGUAGACAGUGCCCCUGCAUGAAAGAUGGGCGAUAUUCAGAAGGGAGUUGCAUCGGAGAACACGUGCAAUACAAACAACAUCUCAUAUGUUGUCCCUUUAUGAGUGGCCUCGAUUCUGUAGCAGCAGCUGAAACAACAGCUAGCACAUCUCCUACAACAACCAUAUCACCUGCAACAACUGAAGAACCUGCAACAACCACCGAGGAUAAAUGCAAAUACGAGUUAUGCCCAAUAUGUGAUUUUGGCUCCGACCCGUUAGAAGGCAGCUGCUGUGGCUUAUGUAAGACGCCCCCUGGGACAGGAUAAUGGCAUUGUAAAAGUACGUUGAAUGGCAAACGACGACAAAGCAAUAACACGGACAUGUUUAAACAUAAAGAUUAAACCUUUAUCAAAUGUAUAAUUUAUUUAAUAAAAUACAUAUUCAGUAG